AUGAGGAAGUUAUAUGUUAUAAUAUUUUUUAUCACUUUGUUUUUGUGUAUCAUCACAUUUACACAAGGAAAUAAUAGGAAUGUUAAAAGGAAAACACCUAAGUUACUUAGGGCAAAACACAGUAAUCGCGAUGGAUCUCCAGACCCAGUUGUGAAUCGUCGUCUGGCUGGUAUUGCACGUCAAAUUCUACGUCAAUCUACUUGGGGAGAUUUGGCUACUAUAUCUAGUAUCACAAAUUCUACUACCAAUGGCUAUCCAUUUGUCACACCCAAAAUUUUUGCCGAAGGAAAUUCUUCUGUGUCCACUGGUAAACCUUACUUUUACCUUCACUCGGAUUAUUUCCAGUCUACAGACGUUGUUAAAGACAGCAGAGUGUCUUUUACUGUAAAUACUGAACAAACUGGUGCUUGCUCCAAAAGAGGCUAUAUUGUGCAAAAUCCCAAAUGCUUCUGGAUUGUGUACAGUGGCGAUUUUGUUAAAUUGAAGAAAGGUUCCAAUGAAUACAAUAAAGGUUAUUCUUAUUUGAUGGAGAAAUAUCCCGAAAUCAAAGAUAUUCCAGAUAAAGAAAAAUAUUAUGUUGGAACAGUCAAAUUAGUAGAAGUUAUGGUAGUUGCUGGUAAGAAAAUGUUGGAAUGUAUUCCACUUCCUGCUUAUUUUGAGGCGUCGCCAAAUGAGGAUUUUGAAAGUGAAAUGGAUUAAAAUUAACUGAAGUAAAAAAAACUAAUUACGAGUAAAAUCAAAUUUAUUACAUUGUACAAAACUUUUAAAUA